AUGGCAUCUACUGACGGCAAAAUCUACCCUUCUGUUCUCCCUUCCCCUUUCAUCCGUCUUUUAAGUCUGGAUUCUGGUUCUGAUGAACCAGUUAGAGUAACACUACAUGAAGUAAAUCUCGAGAACGCACCCGCAUACGAUUGUCUCUCAUAUACUUGGUCCGACCCACUAUACCAUGCUCUCAGUCUGGAAGAGGAAAUUCAUCGUAGCAAUGAUAAACGCGAACAUUCUAUCCUCUGCAAUGGUCAGAACUUGUUAAUUACGGAAAGCUUGUUAUUAGCAUUGAAGGAAUUCAGUAAAGACAAUAAUGAAGAUAGCAGCAGGAGUGGGAAAGUUGGAAAUUUUAAGAGAGAGAGAUUCAUGUGGAUAGAUGGCAUAUGUAUUAAUCAAGACAGCAUCGAGGAGCGAAAUAUACAAGUUGGAAUGAUGGGAGAAAUCUACACAAAAUGUUCGCAAGUAAUCAUCUGGCUUGGAGUUUCAGAUUUUCAUUCCCCGUAUGCUAUUGAAGUCAUAAAUCUUCUCUCGAAAAUACCUCCGGAAAAUUAUAUUGGCUUACGUAUUAAUGAUCUUGAGGAUUGGGACAUAUAUCCAAAAUUGGGUAUCGAAGAAGUUGAAACUUGGAAAUGGUUAGAAUAUGCAGCAUUUUUACAACGUACUUGGUUUAGUCGCAUAUGGGUUGUUCAAGAAGCAUUUCUGCCAAGAAGUGUUGUUGUGGUUUGUGGGAGUGAUGUUAUUGGAUGGGAAAAUAUAACAGCUUGUGCGAAAGUAUUAAGAGAAACAGGAUUGGGAACAUUACUGAUGGAGCUAUUGGUUGAAACUGUGGACAAUAUUGAAGGGACUGUUUACGUGAACAAUACUUUGAACAACCAGUCAAUCUUCCAAAGUAUGAGGGAUAUGGCUACACUUGGAUCGGAAGAAAUGGGGAAAGUCUUGAAUUUGGAAAAGUUGUUGUAUUAUUCAAGAUUUUUUGAUGCGACAAAUCCAAAAGAUAAGAUCUAUGCAAUCAGAGGCAUUUGGGAAAAAGGAGGGAAAACGAUCCCACUGGACAUGACGCCCGAUUAUCAACGAGAUCCAACGGUAGCAAGUGUGUAUACGAGAGCAGCACUUGAAGUGAUUUUUGAAACCAAAGAUUUGAAUAUUCUUUCUUUAGUGGAAGAUUACAGCUUGGCGACUCAAAAUCCCAACUCGGUGCGGGCGGUUGGAAAUCUCCCUUCUUGGGUACCCGAUUUUAACUCGUCAUCUAAUCCUCAACCUUUGGCUGGAAAUCCUAGACCACAACCGGGAAGUGAGAGAUGGAAUGCAGCUCGAGGUAUCCCAUUUGAAGUGCCAAUUCUAUCACCGUUAGAAUCACGACAUCUUCUCCCGAUUACAGGUUAUAGAAUUGAUAUCAUCUCAGAGUCCGCAGCCAAUCAAGCAGAAAUCAUGGGCAACAAUUUCGGAUUUGACACGGUGCUGGAACUCUUGGCAAAUUAUCCAAGUCAAAAAUAUCCUCAUAUUGACGAUGACACGGAGACAUAUUUCGAAGGAUUCUGGCGAACCCUCAUCAAAGACACAUUCCAAAAGUUACCGGCAAAAGAGAACGCACGAAACGCUUUCCGAUAUUUUAUCACAGUGCGUGUCUCUGAGUUGAGCAUUGCAUACAACUACGCACUUUCAAAGCAGACCCCCGAUCUACCCAAAUUACAAAAAGCAUACGAAAAAAACAGACAACUGAUCAACGACUUGUCUAAACAUAGACUAAACGGAUCUCUGAUUCCUACCUGGGAGGAUCUUGAAGAACUCAUUGAGAUAGCAGCCAAUGAAGAUUUAACUGAUCCAGAAAAGGCGAAGCUUGACAAAGAUUAUGGGGAUUUUUACGAGUCUUUUAGGAUUGCGUAUGCGGGAAGAAGAAUGUUUAGGACUGAAAAGGGAUAUUGGGGUAUUGCUGCACAAACACUGAAUAUUGACAAUGAAGACGAAAUUUGGGUUAUAGCUGGGUCAAAGGUACCGAUGGCUUUAAGACCAGUGAAAGGAAGUAAUGGUGAAAAUCGAGAAUUGAUUGGAGAGGCUUACGUGCAUGGUCUUAUGAAUGGUGAGGCUUUGAAAUUUUCGGGAGAGAGAUUGAAGAGUUUCUUUUUGGAAUAA